AUGAAACUCCCCAUCCUCACUACUACACUCGUCGUCGGCGCAACAGUAACGUCUGCUCUACAAGACCCAGCACCGGCCUUCACCCUCACAACCUUCGACAAGCUCAGCAAAAUGGACCCUCCCAACGAAAACCAUCUAUGCUUCUGCAGGCCAGCCGCACAAGGACAUAUACAAGAUCCCGAUGCCCCGCCUUGCAUCUGCUUCAUCGCCGGCGCGAACUCCACAAACAGGAUAUCUCAACAAGAUAUCGAGGCUGCUUUGGAGCGCCUCAUAACACAAGACAACUGGAAUCGGAGCCUUCGCGGCAACGACGUGCACCGCGCUUCAUCCACUGCACCGUCGGUCGCCUCUGAUCACAGCUCCCGAUGCGUCAGCGCCAUCUUACCAGCGGAGGACUUGGAAACCUCGGGGGCGUCGGCUCACAAUUCCGAAUGGACCAGGGACGUAGUAUACUGCUUUGCGAUUUUUAUGUUUGUUCUAAAUGUCGUCUUCCCGAUGCUUUGGUUCCUGGUUAUAAGCCCAGGCCCAGCUUAA